AUGACAACCUCGCUGACUACGCCAUUGAAUCCCAUUAUCGGCUACACAAUAGCCAGUUCGUACAGAAUUGGUGCCAAGAUUGGGUCUGGCUCAUUUGGCGAAAUACAUAAAGGCAUAGAAGAGGCGUCAGGCGAAGAAGUGGCCAUCAAGCUGGAAAAGGUGACAGCAAAGCAUCCACAAUUAGAGUACGAAUUUAGAGUGUACAAAGCUAUUGCAGGCGGAACAGGCAUACCCAGAGUGAGACACUUUUCAACAGAGAACAACUAUAACAGCAUGGUCAUGGAUAAAUUGGGCCCCUCAUUGGAAGACCUGUUCAACUUUUGCAAGCGAAAGUUUACGCUCAAGACAGUGUUGAUGUUGGCUGAUCAGAUGCUCACACGAAUUGAAUAUUUGCAUUCCAAGAAAUUCAUCCAUCGAGACAUCAAACCAGACAACUUUCUAAUGGGUCUUGAUGGCUACAAUUAUUUGGUACAUUUGAUUGAUUUCGGGCUGGCGAAGCGAUAUAAGGACUCUAGAACAAACCAACAUAUACCGUGGAAAGAAGGCAAAAACCUGACUGGCACUGCUCGAUAUGCCAGUGUUCACACGCAUCUUGGACGGGAGCAAUCACGUAGAGACGAUCUAGAGUCUUUGGGCUAUGUCCUGGUAUAUUUCUUCCGAGGUUCAUUGCCAUGGCAAGGGUUGAAGGCCAAGACGAAAAAGCAAAAAUACGACAUGAUCAGUAACCGCAAAGUGACAACACCUCUGGAUAAACUGUGCAAGGACAUGCCAUUCGAGUUUAUGACAUACAUUGAUUACACGAGGAAAUUAACAUUUGAUGGCCAGCCUGACUACAACUUUCUGAGGGAUUUGUUUAGAAAGGUGUCGAUUCGUGAAGGCAUUAAGCUUGAUCUCAAGUUUGACUGGUUGGUCAUCAUGAUGGAAAACGAUAAGCAGAUCAGCAAAGGCAUCAAUCCGAUCGAGACACCAGCAGCCAAGCAGCAGGUCAUUUAA